AUGGGGAAGAAUAAGAAGGCCAAGCCACUGACACAGGAAGAGAUCUGGGAUGACUCUGCUCUACUUCAGUCCUGGGAUGAUGCUGUUGAGGAAUACCAGCUCUAUCACAGCAUCCACGCCAAAGGUGAAAAUGUUGAAGAUGUGUUGAGAGAGGCAGAGGAGUCUGGCCUUGUUGUUGAGGAUGAAAUUAUCGAGGAGGAAGUCGAUGUCGAUGUCGCGGAGACUGAUGCUAUUCCCGAUAACGAGAACACGUCGAUGAACAUCGAUGAGCCUGCCCAGCCUUCGAAUGGUCCCGGUCCUGAAGUUUCUACAACCGCUCCACCGAUGCCUCAUCCAGCCAUGGCUAAUGUUCAAGAUGAAGCGUUGAAAAACCUGAUGAUGUCCUGGUAUUACGCUGGAUACUAUACAGGCGUCUACGAAGGCCAACAGAAAGCAACCCGUGAGAAAAGUUCAUGA